AUGUAUAGGCCAACCUCCCGCAACGAAUGGUGGUUAUGUGCCGCCCUUCUCACACAAGCCACCCUUGUCAUCGCUCUUGAAAUAUAUAUCCUCGUGGAAUGGCAGAAAUGGGUAACCCCGACCAUCACGCAAGUGCCCGUGUCCUACCUGAUCCCCAUCGCCCUGGGCAUUUUGGCUUUCGCCUGCGCCUAUCAGUUCAUUCUUGCCCUGGAUGCAAUCCACAACAAGAACAACAUCUUGCUAUUCGCAAUAUGCAUCGCCAAUCUGUGUAUUGUCGCCUAUGCAGGUCUACAGUGCACAACAAUGCAGGAGACCACCGCCAGGUUGUACGAAGGGCGUUUCAACUUCCCAACCUUGGUCGAUACAACCCGGAAUGUAUGGCCACGAAUCCAGCCGGCUGAGAUUAUUGUGCCUAUUAUCCUUGCUUUAUCAUCUCUUGUCCUCUGGCCCUGCGCGUACUUUAUGCAUCGGGAUUACGCAUGGGCUAUUUACAAGUGUGUCCACGGCAGCUCGGAAACCAGGAUGCGAUAUAUGGCUUACGAGGUCUACCUGGUUCUGAUCAAACUCGACUUUUUCUUCCUGAUUGGCUUCAUCGUCCAGUAUAACCUGAUCGACGUCCACUUCGAAGAGCCAGAGUAUAGCCUAACCAUGGCCAUUAUCCCGGCUGCAUUCAUCGUCAUGAUCCUGGGUAUCUACUUUGUCCAGCAUGAGAUCAUCCUCGGCAUCAUUCCAGUUAUUGUGUGCUACUUGGGUCUCGUCGCAUACUUCGUCAGUCGACUGAUCGUGCUCAAUGGGAGUGGAAAGCGGGCCAACACGACCGGGAAGGACAUGAUGCAGCUGUUUGCUUAUGUGGCUCUGGUACUCACAGCGGCCUUACUGGUUUGCUCGAUACUGUGUUUGAUCAAUUUUAACCGCGGUCUUAAGAGGGUCAAUAAGGGAAUCAAGGCGGCGCGCGAAACGUACAUGCUGCAUAGUGAAGGCUACUCCGCUACGGACCAGUGGCCUGGUGCCCAGCAGCGUUCGAGGAUGUCUGCGUAA